CUCUGAUUCGCGCUUUUUAAAAGUGUUACUUGAUCCGCGCAUUUCAGAAAACAUAAAUGUGAAUUCUUGUUUGCGAAUAUGAAAAGUUGCAUCUAGUAUUGAUAACAUGCUACCGUUACAGAUACUUGGAUGUACAUUUGUACUAAUUAUCGUUGCAAACGAUAUAAUACAAGGAUAUGGAUAUUCGAUGGAUACGCAAGAAGCAGACGAAGAGGAAGGUAUGCUGAACGAUGCACCAGAUGAAGAUUUUUAUAAUGUUAAAAGCAGGAAGGGUGGAAGACGUAUAUUUGCAGGAGGUUGUCCCCGUAGACCGGACGCACCUAUAAAUGGCAAGAUUAAAUGUUCCCUGAACAGUGGCUGUACUGCAAGUUGUGCACCUGACUACAAAUUUCCAAACGGCGCGUUUUAUCUGACGAUUACCUGCGUUGACAAGGAAUGGCACAUUGAAGGAACCGAAUGGAGCUCGAUGCCGCAUUGCGAACCGAUUUGCUUGCCCGAAUGUCAGAACAAGGGGAUAUGCAUCGCACCUCAUCAUUGCGACUGUCCCGAACACUUCAGCGGUCCGCAGUGCCAAUUCGAGGAUAAACCGUGUUUGAAUUAUCCACCGCCCGUGCUGAAUUCUUAUAAAAAAUGUAAUUUAAAGACGUGCACUGUCUCGUGCUUAAAACAAUUUACUUUCCCCGAUGGUUCGUCCAUCACCAAUUUAAUAUGCAAGAACGGGAACUGGAUGCCAACAAGAAGUGAUUGGAUAUCGAUUCCGGAUUGCGAACCUGUGUGCGAGCCACUCUGCCAAAACGGCGGCAAUUGUCUGCCGACGAAUCUAUGCCAAUGUCCACAGGAUUAUCGAGGACCUCAAUGUCAAUACUCUGCCGAUACUUGCGAUGUCGAGAAGCUGCGUUUCAACGGCGGAUAUUACUGCACCGGUGACAACGAGAAGUAUUCCUGCACCCUGAAUUGUCCUGCGGGAGUGGAAUUUGAAUUCCCACCUGCCCAGUCUUAUGCCUGCACCUACGAUAAGGGCGUCUUUGAACCACAACCGAUACCGCAAUGUAAGGUCGACAAUAACGUCAAGAUCAUCUCACUCGGCACCUCCCACAACACCUAUAUACGAGAAUCGAAUCAUUCGUGGUCGAUGCACGAUGUUUACGGCACGAAACACUCCCAGGAAAUGCAUGGCGGAUAUUAUGACGUUCAUGGUAACGAUGCGUCCUCAUAUCCGAUUGACUCCAAUGGAGUAAUGACAUUCGAGAUGAAUCGACCGAGACCUAAGACGUGCUUCACCUGGGGCGGCGCACACUACAAGACCUUUGACGACAGAAUCUACAGUUUCGACAGCGACUGUUCACAUACGCUUCUUCGGGAGACUCGAGACAACGUCUGCACGAUUGUGGUGACUAACAGUCCGGGAUGCAGAGCCGGAUCAUCGAGUCAUCAUUGCAUUAAGACCAUAAAGCUCUUUGUGCACGACAAGGAGUAUAUUCUCACCAGCGACGAGACGGGGAUGCCAGCGUUCCUCACCGGCAAACGAUCUUUGCCAAUACCUGUGUAUUUGCCCGGAUUGCGCGUAGACAAGUCUGCUCAUUUUACCCUCGUUUCUCUCGACUCCUUGGGCGUGAAGCUGAAAUGGGACGGCGCCCUGCUGCUGCAGAUCGAGGCGUCUGAAAGUAUGUGGAACAAGACGGCCGGUCUGUGCGGUACGAUGAACGACGACCGGGACGACGAGUUCCUAACAAAGAGCGGAAGUGAUGCCACUAGUAUAUCGUCGUUGGCGAAUUCUUGGCGCGUCGACAAUCUUGGAGAAAUAUGCGACGAUUAUCCGAGUACGCGACACGCGUGCGAAUUGAAGGACGAGUUCGCUCGAGAAGCUUACGAGUUUUGCAGCAAGUUGCUCUCCAAUCAUAAAUUCAAAGCUUGCGCAAACACGAUCAAUUUUUCUGAAUUGACCGCAGCAUGUCUGUGGGAUUAUUGCGCGUGCAAACACGACGACAGGAGGAAAUGCGCCUGCAAUACCAUGGAUAUUUACAUCCGCCAAUGUGCUCACAAGGGACUCGCGAGAUUGACUGCGUGGAGGAGCAACGACACUUGUCCGAUUCUUUGCAACAAUGGACGAGUGUAUCUGUUAUGCGGACCGAAGGUGGAAGCUUCCUGUUCCUCCGGUACCGAGGAGAAGCAGGAGAUCUCCUCCGAGGAAUGCGAGGAAGGCUGUUUCUGUCCAGCAGGUACUUUGGAACACGAGGGCAAGUGCGUCUCCCCGGAAGAAUGUCCGUGCAGAUUACGGGGCAAACUGUUUCAACCGGGCACGAGCGUGCAAAAGAAAUGCAACACUUGCACGUGCAUUUCCGGCAAAUGGGUCUGCACCCAGAUACGUUGCGGCGCCAGAUGUGCCAUCGUCGGCGACCCGCAUUACACCACGUUCGAUGGCAAGCACUACGAUUUUAUGGGAAAGUGCAAAUACUAUUUAAUGAAGGGAGAUAAUUAUACGAUUGAGAGCGAAAAUGUCCCAUGUUCCGGAGCAAUUUCCGAGAAUUUGGGCUUUGCCUCCGUAGGCGGCUCUCCAUCGUGCACCAAAGGCGUCACGAUCAAUUUUAAGGAUACCAUUGUAAAAUUAAAGCAGGAUCGCCAGAUUUCGAUAAACGGCGACGAGAUAGUAAGAUUCCCGAUGCUGUUCAACGGUGCUCGAAUACGAAUUGCGAGCAGUAUAUUCAUAGUGAUCCAGUUGCCAAAUGCUUUGGAAGUAUGGUGGGACGGUAUAUCCCGUGUUUACAUUAAUGCUCCAGCCGAAUUCCACGAGCAAACGAAAGGACUUUGCGGGACGUUUACUGAAAACCAAAAGGAUGAUUUUAUAACGCCUGACGGUGACGUCGAGACCGCAGCGAUCGUCUUUGCCAACAAAUGGAGAACGAACGAAUAUUGCAUCGAUGAGUUUGAAAGCGAAACGAAACACCCUUGCGAUCUAAAUCCUCAAAGAAAGGCGAAAGCGGAAGAACAUUGUUCCAAGAUACAUAGCGAUAUUUUUUCGGACUGUCACUGGUACGUUGAUCCAUUGGAAUUCUACCGAGAUUGUAUGUACGAUAUGUGCGCAUGCGAUGUGGAUGUAAAAUCGUGCCUCUGCCCGAUAUUGGCGGCCUAUGCAAAAGAUUGCGCGGCAUUAGGCGUGAAACUUUUGUGGCGUACCGAGAUUGAGGAGUGCAAGAUUCAUUGCGGCGGUGGACAGACUUAUCAAAUCUGCGGAAAUAGCUGCACUAGGUCGUGCACUGAUAUAUCCUUUUAUCGAGACUGCAAGCAAGAGUGCGUGGAAGGCUGCAACUGUCCGGAGGACCAAACGUUAGACGCGAAAGGCGAAUGCAUCCCGAUCGUUCAGUGUCCCUGCGUUUACGCUGGUCGCGAAUACAAGCCUAAUCAUCGAGAGGUCCGUCCGGGCAACAAGGGACAGGAAUUUUGCUCUUGCAUAGGUGGGGUAUGGGAGUGUCGAUUAGCAACGCCAGAUGAGAUUCGAGAAUAUCCACCGGUCACGGAUCUGUUCUGCCCCGCCUGGAAACAAUUGGAGACGACGGAUUGUCAACCGGUGGAGCAGAGGACUUGCAGCAAUAUGCACCUACCGAUUGAACAAACACCAUCAGUAUGUACGUCUGGCUGCGUUUGCAAAUCCGGAUACGUCCUAGAUGUGGCAAACGGGGUGUGUGUCAAGAAAGAGGACUGUCCCUGUCAUCACGGCGGCAAAAGCUACAAAGAAGACUCGGUUAUACAAACCGGAUGUAACACCUGCACGUGUAAGAACACCAAGUGGGAGUGCACGGACAGGUCUUGCGCGGGAAUUUGCUCCGUGUGGGGCGACUCGCAUUACAAAACGUUCGACGGUAAGAUGUACACUUUCCAAGGGAUAUGCGACUAUGUUUUGGUGAAGAGUGCCUUGAGCAAGGAAGAGUGUUUCGACAUAUCGAUUCAAAACGUACCUUGUGGUACGAACGGAGUCGCGUGUUCGAAAUCAAUCAAGCUAAUAAUCGGCAGCGGUGAACAGCGAGAAGAACUUGUCUUGACGAAAGGAAAGGAGUUACCGAAGGAAAUUUUUAAGAGGAUGACAAUUAGAAUUGUUGGUCUCUUUGUGUUUGUUGAUGUGCCGGACUUGGGAUUGGUGUUACAGUGGGACAGAGGUACCAGAGUCUACGUGAGAUUAAAUCCGGAAUGGAAAGGUCGCACGAUGGGUCUGUGCGGUGACUACAAUGACAACGCCGAGGACGACUUCAAGACGCCGUCCGGCGGGAUAUCCGAGGUCUCCGUCAAUCUAUUCGGGGAUUCGUGGAAAAAGAAUGCGUUCUGCCUCGAGCCAAAGGACAUGCAGGACGAUGCCUGUGAACGGCAUCCAGAACGUAAGCUGUGGUCAUUGCGACAGUGCAACGUGCUCAAAUCGCCGUUGUUCUCGCCAUGUCACACGGAAGUCGAGGUCGAGCCGUAUCUACGCGACUGCAUCUUCGACACGUGCAGCUGCGACGCCGGUGGCGACUGCGAGUGUCUAUGCACGGCAUUGGCCGCAUACGCGCAUGAAUGCAACGUACGAGGCGUUCCUGUAAAAUGGCGAACGCAAGAACUUUGUCCGUUGCAAUGCGACGAGAAAUGUAGCACGUAUUCGGCUUGCGUUUCAACUUGUCCACGUGAGACGUGCGACAACUUGAUGACCGUGAAACAUAGCUCGCAUUUAUGCACGGAAGACACGUGCGUAGAGGGUUGCCGAUUCAAACCUUGUCCCGAGGGUCAAGUGUAUCAGAACGCCAGCUACACGGAGUGUAUAUCCAAGUCGAUGUGCACAAAGCCAUUCUGCACCGAAAUCGACGGAACGACAUACUAUGAAGGUGAUCGAGUCAGCGGCGACGAUUGUCAAAGUUGCUUCUGCAGUCGCGGCAAAGUGACUUGUAACGGGGAGGCUUGUCCUAGCACUCCUGUAGCUAAUACUGCCACCGUGCCCAUGGUGGAACCUCAGAAAUGCGUGGAUGGUUGGUCCAUGUGGAUCAAUAAGGAUCCAGCUGUGAAGGGGAAGAAAUUCUUGGACGUGGAGCCACUGCCCAUAUUGAUGGAUCUUGCUAAUGUGAACGGAUUCGCGAUUUGCGACAGGGAACACAUAGUCGACAUAAGAUGUAGAUCCGUCAAGGAACACACGAGUCCGAAAGAAACUGGCUUGGACGUAGAGUGCAGCCUAGAGCGCGGUUUGUACUGUCAAUCGCAUCUUCCGGAUCUUCCUUGCGUGGACUUUGAGAUUAGCGUGCUAUGUCGCUGCUCCGAACCAGUUACACAUACCGAUGUUGAAGAUGCAACAACGAAGAUCGAGUCAAAGGAAUGCGACAUAAUGCGUCCCAAUUCGCCUCAUCCGACCAAUUGCCAACUAUUUUAUCAUUGUGUCCCCACGCUGACGGGAUAUGAACUGGUGGAGAAGUCAUGCGGUCCCGGCACCUUGUACAAUUCUGAGACCCAAGUCUGCGAUUGGCCGGCGGAAGUUGAACGUAUACGACCAGAGUGUUCGAGGUCAUCCGGACAAACCACGCAGAUCAACAGUGGAACCGAUUGGAGCUCUAAUUAUGAGAGCACAGCGAAAAAGGUAGUGUCGACCAUGAAUGUAUGUAAGACCGGCGAGACGUGGAGCGAAUGCGCGAUUCAGUGUACCAGGACGUGCCAGUACUAUCGUCACAUCCUGGUGACCCAGGGUUAUUGCAACGAAGGUACCGAUUGCGUUGCUGGAUGCGUUUCUAUCUAUCAACCGACGUGUCCCUCGCACAAAUUCUGGCGGGACGGUGUUACCUGCGUAGAGGCGAAUCACUGUCCCUGUAAAUCCCACGACGGGGACUCGGUCGCACCAGGCGCUGUCAGGAAGGAAUCCGAUUGCGAGACCUGCCAGUGCAUCAAUAAUUAUUACACGUGUGAUACAACCUUCUGCUACAACGUGUCGAGUCACGAAGAAACAACAGAACCAGGACUAGAACAGACUGAAACUGCCACAUUAUCGGAAACGUCAUUCAGUACGACCUUGGGGAACACUUGGGAGAUAUUACCAGUUACUCCAUCGCCCUUGUUCGAGCACACGAUCUUUAUACAGAGCACGGUCACACCACCCGAAGACUGCAACGACGCAAACUACGUGCCACUAAUGCAAAGUCUGCGAAAGAAACUGACUAUUCAUACUAGCAGUAGCAAAAACCAUGCAUUGCAGUCUGAGAAUCUGCUGGUACACACGGAGGGAAGCUUUCCACCGUCCGAGAAAUUCUGGGAACCUGAAAUAACGAAUGCGGAUCAAUGGCUCGACGUCGAAUUCGGUAGACCUGAACCGGUCUACGGUGUGAUCCUACAAGGUGCUAUCACCAAGGAUGAGUUCGUAACCAGCUACAAGGUACUUUUUUCAGAAGAUGGACACAGCUUUUCGUACGUGCUCGACCAUGAAAAGCAACCACGUGUCUUCAGAGGACCUGCCAACAGAAUCCAAUCCAUGAAGCAAGCAUUCUAUCGGCCGAUCGAGGCAAAGAUUAUUCGUAUCAAUCCGCUGACGUGGCACAACGGAAUCGCUGUUAAGCUAGAGGUGCUGGGUUGUCAGGAUCACUUAACACCAACAACUGAACAACCUACAAUAAAGACAACAAACUCCGAGGAAAUCGUGAGACCAGUCUGCGAGGAUUCCAUGGGAUUGGACAACGGGCUGAUGGCCAUCGAACAAGUCUCGGUAUCGAGUUCCUCGCAGUUGAUUAAAUAUCUUCCGUUAUCCUCGGAAGGAGUAUGGCGUGCCGCUUUAGACAAUCCGCAUCAGUAUAUUCAGUUUGACUUUCUGGAGACCCGAAAUCUGACCGGAAUCACGACCAAGGGAGGCGACAACGCUUGGACGACUGUAUAUAAAGUAUUCUACAGCAACGAUGGACGUCACUGGAACCCAGUUGUCGACGAGAAUGGCAACGAGAAGGAAUUCCUUGGUAAUUUUGAUGCAGAAAGCCAACAAACAAACUUCUUCAAGAGACCUUUAAAUGCAAAAUUGGUAAGGAUACAACCCAUCAAGUGGCAUGAUCACGUUGCACUAAAGGUCGAUAUCCUCGGCUGCUAUUUAGCGUAUCCUACAUUGGAGACCUCGGAAAUCAAGUCGACGACGACGUCCACGUUUGAACAAGAGUGCAACGUGUGCGAUGGAAUCGAUUGGACGAUGUCGGGCGAUGAAAAACAUUGCAAAUGCGAAGAUCCUUAUUGGUGGGAUGGAGAAUUGUGCGUACCAAAACGGGAAUGUCCUUGCAUAGUCGGACACGUGUCCUACGCAAUAGGCAGCGUCUACGAGACGGAGGAUUGUCAACAGUGCAUAUGCGUUUUGGGUGGAACGCCCACGUGUUCGCCGAAGAAAUGCGAACCUUGUCUAGAACCGGGUCUCCGAUCUGUCGUCGGCAAACUGUGCACUUGUCUGUGCAAACCUUGUUCGGCAGGCACGAAACAUUGUCCCACGAGCGACGUGUGCGUGAACGAGACCUCGUGGUGCGACGGUGUCCAAGAUUGUCCGGAUGACGAGAAUGAUUGUCCAGAAAUCAUUUCCACGACACCUAUUUUCGAAGUUUCAGAAACGAUAAGAACGGUUGGUCAACAAGUUGCGACGACUCCCGGCUUUAUUCAAAUCAGUCCAUGCGAGGAACCACUUUGUCCACCUGGUUACAGAGUAGUCUUCAAACCGUCAGCUCAACUUCAGGAUAAAGUGCACCACCAUGAAACGAACGUAAAAUCCAAAGCUCGUAAAGGUUUCGCGAAGACGAAAGGAUACCAGAAGCACCCGUUCCAUGGACGUCCGAUGAAGCAUCAACAUUAUUGGUCAGAAGUGGAGGAUCUUCAAUGUUCCGAGUUCAUCUGCAUGCCUAUCAAGUCUCCGCCUGUCCUUCCCGACAAGAAGCCGGAACCAUGUCCGGAGGCAUUGUGCCCGCCACAGUACGAAAUAGUGUACGAGAGGACGAGCAUGUACAAGAAGCACAAGUGCCCCAAGUACGUAUGCCGACCUUUAACGCCGCAGGAAGCGAUCUGCAACGUCACCGGGAGGACCUUCAACACUUUCGACAACAUGGAGUACAAAUAUGACAUCUGCAAUCACAUUCUAGCCCGAGAUAUGUAUGAUAACGAGUGGUACAUCACCCUGGAGAAGCUGUGCCUUGGCUCGCUUGGACAGCGACACUGUACUCGCAUCCUGGUGGUGACGCUGAACGAACGGGCGAUCGUGCUCUAUCCGAAUCUGCAUGUGGACAUUGAUGGAUAUACCUUCACACCUGGACAGAUUGCGCGCUUUGGAAAACGGUUUUCUGAUUUCGAGCUCUCGCGAACGGGCGACAGAAUCAUCUUCCUCUCUCAUCGCUACGGCUUCUGGGUGAUCUGGGACUCGAGUACCAACGUGAAGAUCGGCGUCGUGGCGAAAUUGGCGGGUCGCGUAGAUGGUCUAUGCGGAUACUUCGACGGUAACGUCGCAAACGAUCGCCAGACACCCGAGGGAACGCAAGCGAGAAGCACCAUUCAGUUCGGAGACAGCUGGGCCAUGGAAGAUGUGAAAGAAUGUGAUUUGCAUGUGUGCCCACAUGACAUCCAGGAGCAGGCUUGGACGAUUUGCAACUCUGUGAGAAGUCCAAUGCUGCUGGAUGCCUGUUCCGCUAUCGUCGAUCUUGACAAGUUUGUGUCUUGCUGCGUAGAGAGCGUGUGCUCUUGCUUACAUUCUUCCAACAACUCCUACGAGGAUUGCCGGUGUCGCCUGCUAACUACUUUCGUCGGCGAAUGCGAGGCUGCCGCCGAUUCCGGGACGUAUCUAUUGACAGAUUGGAGAACCGCUUACGACUGUCCCGCGAGCUGUCCAUCACCUUUUGUUCAUCGGGAUUGCUUCCGCAGCAAGUGCGAGAUCACCUGCGACAAUCUGCACGAGGUGGAACCGUGUCCGCCGAUGCGGGGUAUCUGCUUCCCCGGAUGCUUUUGCCCGGACGGUCUGGUACGUCGAAACGACGACGAGUGCGUACCACCAGCUAGCUGUCUGGACUGCGUGUGCGACGGCCUCGGAGAUGCCAAGUUCAUCGAUUUCAAUCGCAGAAACUUCAGGUUCGCCGGCAACUGCACCUACUUGCUGUCGGGAACCGCCGUGGAGAACGCGAAGAGUCAGAGGAACGGGACUCGCGCCUAUCAGAUUUUCAUUACCAACGGGUAUUGCACCACCGGGACGUGUACGGAGGUCGUCACCCUGCUCUACGACGAGCACGUGGUGCAAAUAAGACGCGCGGAACAGUCGAAGGACCUGCAGGUAUCGGUCGACGACGCCCAAGUGGAAAGAUUCCCAAUUGAUCGCGGAUGGAUCUUCUUGGAUCGAACGUUAACCGGAGACGUGACUCUGCUGGUGCCGUUCAUACAACUGCAGUUGGUCGCUUUUCGACAGAACUUUGCGUUUACCUUGAAACUGCCCUCGCACGUCUUCAGUGACGUUAUCGAGGGUUUAUGCGGUAAAUGCAACGCUGACCCCGAGGCUGGUUUUGAGAAACGCGACGGGAAGAUUACGAGCGACAUCGAUGAGUUCGGUAGAUCCUGGCUGGUCGAGGAUUUGUCGACGCAGCUGGGCCUGAACGAUCAGACGUGUUUCAGUAAUCAUCAGCCUCAGUGUACGCCACCGCCAGCUGACGAAGACAUAUGCAAGAAGCUGUUGGAUCUACCAGAGUUUAUGCACUGCCACAGCAUCAUCGAUCCAAAACCAUAUUUGGAUUGCUGUCACGACGCUUUGUGCACCGGUGGAAACUACUGCGACAGCUUGGAAAUGUAUGCGAGAAAGUGUCUGGAAGCUGGUUUGUGUCCAGCUUGGAGAACCGAUGAAAUCUGUCCAUACGAAUGUCCUACAGAUCUUGUCUACAAACCAUGCGGCUCAAGUUGCAAGGAAACAUGCGACAUUUUGAACAAAUCGGACAAUUCAAAGUGUACAUCCGGUCCUAUUGAAGGAUGCUUCUGCCCAGAGGAUUAUGUAUUCUACAAUGAUUCUUGUAUAUUGAAACAAAACUGUUUCGUCUGUGACAAGGAGGGUCACGUGCAGGGAGAUAUCUGGUAUCCAGACAAAUGCACGGAAUGCAACUGUAAUGGUGGGUUUGUAAAUUGUCAGAAGACAGAGUGUCCUGUAUUGGAUACGAUCUGCGAGGAAAACAUGACACCUGUACUUGUCAAUGGAACUGAGGAGAGAUGUUGCGCCAAGUAUUUAUGUGCUCCAAAACCGACAGCUCCUACGAUGUGUAUCGAGCCACAAGAACCGGAAUGUGGUUUUGGCCAAAUAAUGAAAACGAUCAUUGACUCUGAUGGAUGUCAUAAAUUUAUCUGUCAAUGUCUACCUGUAAACGAGUGUCCCACUUUCGAUGAACUUUUGAACGAAGUCGAGCAACUGCAGCCUGGUUUCGUACAAGUGACGAAUACAUCCGGCUGCUGUCCGCGACCAACUAAAUUGUGCGAUCCAACAACUUGUCCUCUUGCACCAAAAUGUCCAGAUUACUACAAUAUUACAACAAUUUUACUCACAGACAGUUGUUGCUCCACUUAUGAAUGCGUGCCUCCAAAAGACAUUUGUCUUUAUACAAACGAUGAAGAUCAAAGCAAGCAGCGUAUAAUAGCGAAACAGAUUGGAGAGGAAUGGAAGGAUGGUAAAUGUAAAACGUGCUUGUGCGAAAACUCGCAUGAUGGUCCUAAAGCAAACUGCUUAAUCACCGAAUGUCCAAGCAUGAAUGCACAUCCUGAUAUAGAAAAUUAUGUAUUGGAGGAAAUAUUAUUAGAUGAUAAAUGCUGCCCAAUUUUUGAGCGUAUCGCUUGCAGAUGGGAAGACAAAGUAUAUAAUGCUGGCGAAAGUUGGAAACCCAACAUCAAAGAUGCUUGUCUUUCGAUGCAGUGUGAUAAAGAUUUGGGUAAUGUUCAGAUAGUAACCAAGGUUCAAGAAUGUAAUACCAUAUGUGAUUAUGGUUACAUAUAUCAAGCGCCUAAUGAUACUAGUGUUAAUUGUUGUGGAACCUGUGUCCAAGUUGCAUGCAUUGUAGAGGGUGUACUUAAAGAUGUGGGAGAGCAAUGGUACUCAGAUGAUCAUUGUGUGACAUACUUUUGUGAAUCUGUGAAUGGAAGUGUGUAUAUACAAGCAAAUACCGAAAUUUGCCUAGAAGUCGAUCCACAAUUGGAGUUAGAAUAUGAGGUGGAAAAGCAUAAAAUUCCAGAAAAGUGUUGUCCGGAAUACGUCAAAACAGCUUGUCGUAGCGACGAUGGACAAAUAUAUAAUCCUGGAGAAAAAUGGAGAUCUAUCAUGGAUAAUUGCGUCAUCGAGACAUGCGUUGGACCGAAUAUAACAAAACGCAAAGAAAUUGAAGUGUGUUCAACGCAAUGUGCUCAAGGAUGGACAUAUCAAGAAUCAGAAGAUGGUAAAUGUUGCGGAGAAUGCAAACAAGCAUUUUGUGUAUUUGAAGAUACUUUGUAUGCACCUGACACGACAUGGUCAUCUGAUGACAAUUGCACUACUUAUACAUGCAUAGAAAAGAGUGGACAGUUAUCUCUUGCUAUAAGUCCAGUUGCUUGUCCGGAUACAACAGAUUGUCCUGUUGAAUCAAUUUAUCAGGACCAAUGUUGCAAACGAUGUAAUUUGAACAGUCAUAAUACAGAAAAACCUAUUAAUGGAACAUGCGAGACAAUUAUUGUGGAUACAAAAAAUACUGUAGGUAUGCUAGUUGUAAACCAUCCUUUACAUGGAAUAUGUAAAAAUUUGGAAGUCAUUGAGGGUAUUAAAGAAUGCAGUGGAACAUGUCAAUCGUCAACAAUUUUUGAUAGUGAGAGUUGGAAUCAAGUGAGUAACUGUCAUUGUUGUCAACCAAAGGAGUACAUUGGUUUAAUUGUCAACUUAAUAUGCGAAGAUGGCAGAAAAUUAAAAAAGCAACUAACAAUACCAAAUUCUUGUUCUUGCCAAAGUUGUGCUUCCUCAGACACUAAAAAUGAAAAUUGGAGGACAAAGAGCAAAGGUUGAUCGACAAAAACUGUUCCUUGAUUAUAUAUUUACUCUUUAUUCAUGUAUAUCUUAAUUAUGAGAUAUUUUUGUAUUGUAAAAUGUAAAAAAAAAAAAAUAGUUUAAGUGAUUUAUAUAUAUAUAUUAUAUGCUUAUGAUGAUAAAAAUGAGGAUUAUCUGUCCAAUUUUUUUAAGAACAUAGAAGAGCUUUAAAGUAAA